AUGUCACAGUUAUGUUUUACGAAUUGUUUAUAAGCUGGUGUAGCUUUAUUUCAGAUAAUUAUUAAUAUAAUAUUGUCAAAGUUGUCUUACAUGUUCUUUUAUUGAAGAUAAAUUAAAUAUUUAGUCAUCUAAAAUCAUUAUAAUUCCUAGGUCAUAAUUUAGAAUGGCACAAAUCUGACACGAACUUGGUCGACUUCACAUUUAAUGUUUAAUUAUGGAUUUUACAAGAAUAAAUUUCAAGUACAAAAUUACAAAUUAAACAUGUCUACUGAUGGAGAUGAGGCUGGUACAAGUACAAGUUCAUAUAAUCAUCGAUUGAGUAGACCACAAACUCAAAUAAUAACCUUUAUGCAGGGAGUUAAUUCAACAAUAGAAGAUAAAAAUAGUGAUUAUUUAUGUCCAAUUUGUUUUGAAACAAUAGAAGAAGCACAUGUAACAAGAUGUGGACAUACAUUUUGUUAUAAAUGCAUCAUUAGAUCUUUAGAAACAUUAGGAAAAUGUCCAAAAUGUAAUAUUAAUUUAAUUCAGCAAGAUAUUUUUCCUAAUUUUCUUCUAAAUGAAUUGAUUGCAAAAUACAAAUCUCGUUUCAAAGGUAUUGCAGCAUUUGAUCAUGCCUUAGCAAGAGAUAAUAAAAAUAAUUUCCUUGCAUUAGAUUCUUCCACAGGAAUUUCCGAUGGCUUACGUAAUUUUAUAACAUCAGACAGUAUAAAUCUAAGUUUACCUGAUGUAAAUGCUAUGUUAGAAGUACUUAUUCAACGUAAACACUUACUUGAAGCAGAAUCUUAUGCUGCACAAAAUAGAUUGUUAUAUGAAUUUCUUAAACAUCUUUUAACACAAAAAGAAGAACAAAGAAAUCAAUUGCAAAAAGAAGUUACUCUUAUAAAACGAGACAUUAAAGAAGUGGAAAAUAUUUUAAAAGAUUUACAAAAAAAAUGUCCACGUUUAGAAGAUAUUAAAAAACCUACUGAAUAUGAUUCAGCACAAGUUACUGCUAUUCGGAAAGAAAUGAUAAAUUUAAUUAAUAUAAUUGAUUCUAGUACCAUUAAAUCAUGUGAGGAAGCAAAUGUAUUCUCUAGUCCAUAUAUUAACUCAUCCAAUAAUCAAUGUAAAUAUGAUUUAACCAGUAGUUCAACUUUAGCAGUUCGGCGUCGAAGAAUGCAUGCUCACUUUGAUGACUUUGUUCAAUGUUAUUUUGAUGCUCGGGCAAAACAACUACAUUUUGCUGCUAAUAAUUCUGAUUUUCAAUCAACCAAUUCUGGAUUAAACAUUUUCCGUGAAGACCUUAUAAAAUUUUCACGUUUUAAUUCCUUGAGACCAUUAGCUACUUUGAAUUAUUCUUCUGAUAUAUUUAAUCAUUCAACUAUUGUUUCAAGUAUUGAAUUUGAUAAAGACAAUGAGUUUUUUGCAAUUGCAGGUGUCACAAAAAGAAUAAAAGUAUUUGAUUAUAAUAUUGUCAUUCGAGGCACAGUAGAUCUUCAUUAUCCAUGUAUUGAAAUGACUUCAACUUCAAAAAUAUCAUGUGUUUCAUGGAAUUCUUUUCAUAAAGGUAUUUUGGCCUCAUCAGACUAUGAAGGUACAGUUACAGUUUGGGAUGCAAUGACAGGACAGAGAACAAAAGCAUUUCAUGAACAUGAAAAAAGAUGUUGGUCAAUUGAUUUCAAUGAUAUUGAUACAAGACUUAUAGCAUCUGGUUCAGAUGAUGCACGAGUAAAAUUGUGGUCAUUAAAUAUGGAUCAUUCAGUUGCUUCACUUGAAGCAAAGGCCAAUGUAUGCUGUGUAAAAUUUAAUCCGCGUAGUUCAUGUCAUCUAGCAUUUGGAUCAGCAGAUCAUUGUGUACACUACUAUGAUUUAAGAAACAUGAAAGAAGCACUUUGUAUAUUCAAGGGACAUAAAAAGGCUGUAUCAUAUGUCAAAUUUGUUAAUGAACAAGAAAUAGUAUCAGCUAGCACAGAUUCACAAUUAAAAAUGUGGAAUAUUAAUAAUCCUUACUGUUUGCGCUCCUUUGUAGGUCAUGUUAAUGAAAAGAAUUUUGUAGGUUUAGCUACAGAUGGAGAUUAUGUAGCUUGUGGAUCUGAAAACAAUGCACUUUAUGUUUACUAUAAAGGACUCACAAAACAGUUAUUUUCAUACAAAUUUGAUGCAGCUAAAAGCAUUUUAGAAAUACAGGAAAAACGCGAAGAAGAUCUAAAUGAAUUUGUUUCAGCAGUCUGUUGGCGACAAAUGUCUAAUGUUGUUGUUGCUGCAAAUUCUCAGGGUAUUAUUAAAAUAUUAGAACUUGUGUAAAACUAUUAAA